CUGUUCUUCCUAGAUAUUUUUUUCUUAUUCUGUGGAUACUAUACUAGCCUGGGACGAUGGUCAUACCUUUGGCAUUGUUUUGCAGAUACCUUUCGAGGAUACUGCUACUGUGUUCGAUCCUUCUACUGAGGUUUCGACGCAAGGAGAAGCAGCAUCAUCAUAGGGGGGAGCUUAUAACAGCAGCAUGUCAGAGGAUGAUGGAGGAUAUCGAUGAUGAUAUUCUCUUAAGUGAGAGGGCUAUGACUCAGAAGGAGGCAGAGUUUAUGCACUCUAUCACACCAGAAGCAUGAAAGGCAACUCUAAAAACUCCUGCAUUCGAGAGGUCAAAACACCACCCGUUCGACUCAUCAGUGUGUUUUUUUGCCUAAGACUCUGUCAACGAAACUCGACGUUAUGGCACUGCAAGUGGUUGAGUUCAUCUUCAGUACCACAACUAAAGAUGAUCACGACUUUAUCGUGGAAACUCCAAAGGGCAAGCUUAGCCGUUGCCAAAUAUUGUCAUUGAAGCGUAAAAGUUGGGUUCAUAACCAAGUAAUUUUAGUAUACGGGCACUUCCUAAAUGACCAAGAAGAACGUAAGGAGGUGGUGAAGGGAAUUGUCUUCCCAUGGACCUAUGUACAACAUGUCGUCGCUAAUGCUAUAAAAAAACAACCCAUGGACAAGGCGAGAGUCUCGGUGCAUAUUUCUAUGCACAAGAGUAAUCCAUUGCUAAAACGGGAAAACUUGGAAAGAUGUGAUUACAUCUUCUUUCCAAUGUAUCGAGAUGAUCACUACCGAGUGUACGUCGCUGACAUGAAGAAUAGGAAGACUUUCCUACUCGACAGCCAAAAGCCCAAUGCCCGAGUGGCUAAUGAGGAUCAUGGACUAGUGGGGAAAGUGAUUUUUGAGUAUGUGACAGAGUUCCUCAAAGAGCAGGGGGUCAAUUGUACAUUGGAUGAGUGGGAAUUCAACAUUGCUAACGUUCCUCAGCAAUUUGGAAACGAUGAUUUCGAUGUAUUUGCUUGCCUUUACAUGGAGCUAUGGGUGGGUCACCUUCCUGUGGAAUAUAAAAACAGUUGGCACAAGCAGUAACAUGUGGAGGAACAACGAAUACGGAUUGCAGCUAACCUCCUGUUAUGGAACUAUAACGGCCACAAGGAUGCAAUAAUUCAAGGAGCAAAAGAUUGGAGUUUGCAGAAAGAGAAAGAGAAAGGGAAAAAGAAGAGAAAUUGAUUUUAGAUUUGUUUAGGUGUGCUGGAUAGUUUAUAAAACUUAACUUAGGAUUGGUUCAUAUUUAGGAAUGGAUGAUGGUUUGCAUUAGGAUGGAGGAUAUUUUGGUAGAUAUUGACAUGUGAUUUCAAGAUACGUUUUUGUGGUGCAGUGGAUAUGAGUCCACUUGUUAAGGAUACUUGUCUGGGCAAACUUGAUAUGUACUGUAAUAUGUACAGAUAUUAGUCUGGGCUUCCUAGAUAUCAGUAUUAGCAGCAGCAAGUACAAUAGUAUCAAUGAUUACUUCUUUCACUAUUCACAUGAGACCUCUUUUGUUACUGUACCCAUGUGACAUUUUUUGCAUUUGUCUAUUUAAGACUAAGUUCCUGCAUUUGUCUAUUUUAUCUAUUUAAAUAGACAAAUGCAAAAAAGGUCAAAUGAGUACAGUAACAAAAGAGGUCACAAUGUGAAUAGUGAAAGAAGUAAUCAUUGAUACUAUUGUACUUGCUGCUGCUAAUACUGAUAUCUAGGAAGCCCAGACUAAUAUCUGUAUAUAUUACAGUACAUAUCAAGUUUGCCAAGACAAGUAUCCUUAACAAGUGGACUCUUAUCCACUGCACCACAAAAACGUAUCCUGAAAUCACAUGUCAAUAUCUACCAAAAUAUCCUCCAUCCUAAUGCAAACUAUCAUCAAUUCCUAAAUAUGAACCAACCCUAAGUUAAGUUUUAUAAACUAUCCAACACACCUAAACAAAUCUAAAAUCAAUUUCUCUUCUUUUUCUCUUUCUCUUCUCUUUCUGCAUACUCCAAUCUUUUGCUCCUUGAAUUAUUGCAUCCUUGUGGCCGUUAUAGUUCCAUAACAGGAGGUUAGCUGCAAUCCGUGUUCGUUGUUCCUCCACAUGUUGCUGCUUGUGCCAAUUGUUUUUAUAUUCCACCGGAAGGUGACACGCCCAUAGCUCCAUGUAAAGGCAAGCAAAUACACCGCAAUCAUCGUUGCCAAAUUGCUGAGGAACGUCAGCAAUGCUGACUUCCCACUCAUCCAAUGUACAAUCGAUCCCCUGAUCUUUGAGGAACUUUGUCACAUACUCAAAAAUCACUUUCCCCACUGGUCCAUGAUCCUCUUUAGCCACUCGGGCAUUGGGCUUUUGGCUGUCGAGUAGGAAAGUCUUCCUAUUCUUCAUGUCAGCGACGUACACUCGGUAGUGAUCAUCUCGAUACAUUGGAAAGAAGAUCUAAAACACAAUACAGUUAGUGAGUUAAUCAUUGACUAAUAUCCUAAUAUCUAGACAAGAGACGCCUGUUAUCCAGACAACACAGAGUAAUAUCCAAACAUAUAGCAACUGUUAUCCAGACCACACAGAGUAAUAUCCAGACAAGAGGCGCAUGUUAUCCAGACAUGACAGAAUAAUAUCCAAACAUUGUGCAACUGUUAUUCAGACAGAACAGAGUAAUAUCCAAACAUUAAGCACUUGCUAUCCACACAGGACAAAGUAGUAUCCAACCCUGUAAUAGCUAAUAUCCAAUGCAUUCAUUUCAAUAUCGACGGCAAGCAAACUCGGAUCUCAUCAUUCGAUACAGCAAACAAACUUUUGUUCAAAGCAAUCAUUAAAAGAAAUAGUAUCCAGAACCAACAAUACAUAAAAGUAACAGAUCCUU